UUUAACCGACAAUGGCCAAAACGGAGUCUCAAAAUAGUAGUAAAAAAUUUUCUGUUAUAAUAUGUGGGGAAGUAUUUGCAAAACCAUGGCAUGGUUCCAAUGGGAACUUUAUAUGUUGCGUACCAUAAGCCUUUGUUUUGAAUUUCAACUAUUUGAUCCCAAUGCUUUUUCCAAAUGUGUAUACUUCUUUCCUUCAAUAGAGGGACUAUAUCAGAAUGCGGUAUAGAAAUAUUAAGACUAUUGGAGGAGUCCGGAAUAGUAUCUGAAAAAUUGGUUAUAGAUCUAGCUAAAAAGUCAGCUCUUUCGUUUCCUAACACGCCAACAUGUGAAGGUACCCACAUAAAUGUAACCUUUAUAUUCUGAACAGUGAACAAGUCUAACCAGGAUUCUUUAAUUAAAGCGAUAAUAUAAUUAGAAUUAGCAUUAAAUUUAUUACUUUUGAGAUUUACAAGUACACUCAUGCUAUCACUAACUAUUACCCAGUCACAACAUCCCUGAUUUUUUUGCUUUAUGUGUUUUAAAGCUGCUAAAAUAGCUAAGGCCUCGGCUGUAAAUAUACUUGUAUUUGAAUUAAUUUUAUAACCAAUACCAGAAUUUGAUAGUCUAUCAAAUACAGCAAAUGACACUGCAGACUCAGUUUUAGAACCAUCAGUAUACAAAAACCUAUGACCAGUCAACUCAGAAAAUUUCUUGUAUACAUCUUCUUUUGUGGAUAAAUCAUGAUCAAUGAUGGUGUUAAUUGCAGGAAAUUUGCUAUUAUAAUCUCCCAGAUAACAUGGGAGAAGAGAAGAUCUAUGAAUUUGAAGUGUUUCAAGAAAAUUUACAUAUUGAGUAAAGCCCAGGAGUAAGUAUACAGGAUUACGAAUUGAAGUUGGAGGGGACUGUUUCAAAUUUAAAAACAGAAAUAUAUACAACCAAGUCAUCAGCAAAAUGAAGACUUUUGACUUCUGUACCUAAAAUUAAGUUUAAACGACGAAUAUACAAGAUAAAAAUCAAUGGAGAGAGAAUUCCACCUUGACAAACACCAACAGAAGCGUAUCUUGGACCAUAUAAUCUACCAUCAGACUUAGCAUAUACUUUUCUUUCAGUCAAGAACUUGUGAACCCAAUGAACUAUUUUGUUAGGAAUUCCAAUAGAAAGUAAUUCAGAACAAAGAACAUCAAUAUUGACACUAUUAAAGGCUCCAGCAACAUCAAAAAAUAUGGACAUUAAAAAGUUACUAUUAUUAAAGCUAUUCUGAAUGUCAAGCUGUAGCUGACAUAUACUUUCACGUGAAGAUGUUCCCCUUCGGAACCCAAAUUGAUUAGCAGAUCCUUGACAUAGGAGUGCACCGGUUAAAGGAAUUGCAUAAUUCAACCCAGCUAUUUUUAGAUCUUACUGUUUUUAUGGAAGGUGGUAGCUGCCAAGUGGAUCAUUAUGUACAGACCAAUCACAAGAAAGAGCUAAUGAUGGUGAAACCUCAGAAUACGGAACAAACCAGAAACCGUCAACGGGCGUAAAUGUGUAUUCAUAUAAAGUACUCCAAAUCGCACUACUUUGACUUUAAAGCAAUCAGUCAAUGGCCGGCGCGCGCAUUGUUUACAUAUCCGUCAGAUUGACACUUUAUAAUUAAAUUAUGCCGUCUUGUGCCGUUCCAACAUGUAAUGGUACGUUUACACGCUUGCCAAGCCUUGGCAAGCCCCGACAAUCACAAGCGUGUAAAGAAGGCGUUUGGCUUGGCUUGCGUGAGCUUGUGGGCGCUUGCUUCCGAUCCAGUCGAGUGUCGGUUUUUUGACGCAGAUCAAAGGGCGUUUGCGGCAAGCGCUUGGGACGCAUUUACACGUUGGUCCACGUUCAGUGGGCAUUGUGAUCUCGCGGCGAGUACACGCUUGUACGGACAAAAUAAAAAAUGAGUAGCUGGUCAAAUGACGAGUGUCUUUCCUUCCUCGAGCAUUACCAGAUGGAAUCCUGCAUCUGGAAUCCGAAAGAUGCAAAUCACAAAGAUAAGAAGAAACAAGCAGAUGCAUGGAUUCGUCUCGCUCAACUUACCGGAAGGCCAGUGAAGGAAGUAAAAAAUAAAAAAGAGAUAUUGAUGACUACUUUUCGCAAGCACUUAAAAAAGAAACAGGAAUCUAUGCGUUCUGGCGCAGGUGCCGAUGAAAUAUACAAUCCCACUUGGUAUGCCUACGAAAUCAUGGAGUCAUUCUUACUGCAAGUAUAUACUUGUAAUGAAGGGUUAAACACCGAAACUCAAUCACAACAAAUAGAAGAAAUUACAGAUCAGACAGAGGAUGAUCCUCUGAUAAGAGACCGCACCAGUACGGCUACCACACCAUCCAGACCACCAUCUAGAUCACCAUCCAUACAGGCAGUUAAUAAACGUCGCCGCCUUGCUUCUGAUUCUGAAACGGCUGAAAAGCAAAUGGCCGUGGCUUUUGGUCAAUUAACGAAUGUUUUAAGUCAAAAACAGAAUGAAAAUAGACCUCCUUACAAAGAAGAUGAUUGCGAUCUAUAUGCUAAAUUAUUGGCUAUAAAGCUACGUGAACUGCCAAAUGAUGAACGAAAAAUUAUGAUGUACCAAAUAGAUGGGUUGUUUAUAAACAGAAUCAGUCAAAAAUCAAAUGAGCGUCAUACACCAUACCCUCAAUAUUAUUCUCGACCUUCCUCAAUUGCUGGUUCAUAUUCACGCCAUACACCAUCUCCUCAAGUCAUUCAGAGUCGGCCAACAUCAGUUAAUAGCGUUUAUUCUGAACCUAUACAUAACACUCAAAGUUUUUUUCCCUCUCCAUACACAGAAACCUCUCAUUCAGUGCCAAACACAACAGAACAUAUACCAACUCCAAUACCUCCAGCUCCAUCUACAUAUUCUACAUCAACAGCACCCCUGUCAUCUAUUCGUAUAAUAUCGGACCAAAUCCUCAACCCACCCCCGCGAGACACCAACAUUAUAAACUUAGCUUUAUUGAAUGCUUUCGAAGAUUUUGAGUCGUCAAAAUAAUUCUUAUUUAAGGUUAAAUAUAAAGUUAAAUAAUUAAGCUGUAAAAAAGUUUCCUAUGAAUCAAUUAAAACCUAAACAAAUGUAUAACAA